AAUAUAUGAAACGACUGGUAUAUUCAGCUCUGAACUUGUUUUUCUUUUCAGAUAUGAAUCAAUUCAUUAUCUUGAUUAUACCGCUUAUAUUGAUUAUGGUGACCUCUGGUGACGAUUUUCGACUAUCCUUUGGAUACCAUGGUAAUCAGAGGUGGCCCAACCGAAGGAGCAGGUAUUAUCUACCGGAAUCUGCAAGAACGGAUGAGACUUGUGUUUGUGUACCCGCAGCACUCUGUAGUCAAAGGAACAUUGUAACAGAUGGAAUGGGUUUAAUUGAUGCUCGGAGAAGGGAAUGUGUCGGUAGGUGUCGCAGAUGUAGAGAGUAUGAGGUAUGUUGCCUGUCUCACCAACGAACAUCUAAGCAGUGCGGAGUAAGCCAACUACUGGGGUCCACUAUUGGAAGUCUUGCACCACCGAAGGAUGGUCAUGCAGAUUUCGGAAAAUGGCCUUGGCAGUGGAUGGUAAAACACGCUACACUCAUUGACUCCAGACAUGUAUUAACUGUGGCACACUGUGUGAAAAAGUUCACGGGGGAUAACCAGUACCCUCUGAGGAUCCGACUAGGUGAAUGGGACACUCAACACAAAGAUGAGCCAUUUCCCCACCAGGAUUAUGACGUCCAAGACAUCUUUCUUCACCCUUCUUUUGAUGCUAUUAGUCUGUGGAACGAUAUUGCUGUGCUUCGCCUGGUUCAUGACGUUACUUUCCAACCUCACAUCAGUCCCAUUUGUCUUCCAAAUUUCGAGGAUGUGUUUGAAGGAGAAAACUGUGUAGUGACUGGCUGGGGAAAGGACAGUUUUCAGGAUGGUCGUUACACAAAUUUGAUGAGGGAAAUCCGUGUUCCUGUCAUUUUUAAUGCCUUAUGCGAAGAGCUGUUAAGAAAUACGUUUCUUGGGCCGUAUUAUAAUCUUCACGAUGGAUUCAUUUGUGCCGGGGGCGUGAAGGAUGAAGACUCUUGCAAGGGAGACGGAGGGGGCCCACUCUCGUGUUGGCGCCAGGACGGAACGUACAGCUUAGCCGGGCUAGUGGGCUGGGGAGUUGAGUGUGGGAAGCCAGGUCUACCAGGAGUUUACGUACGAAUACAGAAGUACCUUUCUUGGAUUACCAGUAUCACCGGAAAGUCGAUUGAAUCGUAUUGGUCUGACUAGAUGAUCUAAUUUAUCAACCUGCAGGUGUCUGAUAUAAUGUGAAGAUUACUUACAGUAUCCGUUCUUAACAAUGUUACAUACGUCACUCUCGCAACAUUUUAAUACUAAUAAACAUGUAUACUACAUCUAGUAUUAACUUAAACCCUCCACAGUUAUUGAGUACGUAAGAAGUAUCUCUACACUCAAUACGUUUACUGUACAUUCUACACACUCAACACCCAGUCUGUACCGUACGUUUACUGUACAUUCUAAAAACUCAACACCCAGUCUGUACCGUACGUUUACUGUACAUUCUACACACUCAACACCCAGUCUGUAUCGUACGUUUACUGUACAUUCUCAACACCCGGUUAGUACUCUACGUUGUGUUAUAUUCUACACUUACUACGUUUACUGUACGUUCUCAACACCCAGUCUGUACUCUAGGUUGUGUUAUAUUCUACACUUACUACGUUUACUGUACAUUCUACACACUCAACACCAAGUCUGUACAGUACGUUUGUUUUACAUUCUAAACUUACUACGUUUCCUGUACAUUCUACAUUCUCAACACCCAGUCUGUACCGUACGUUUACUGUACAUUCUAUAUACUCAACACCCAGCCUGUUCCGUACGUUUGUUUUACAUUUUAAACUUACUACGUUUCCUGUACAUUCUACAUACUCAACACCCAGUCUGUACCGUACGUUUACUGUACAUUCUACAUACUCAACACCCAGUCUGUACCGUACGUUUACUGUACAUUCUACAUACUCAACACCCAGUCUGUACCGUACGUUUGUUUUAUAUUCUAAACUUACUACGUUUACUGUACAUACUCAACACCCAGUCUGUACCGUACGUUUACUGUACAUUCUACACACUCAACACCCAGUCUGUACCGUACGUUUACUGUACAUUCUACACACUCAACACCCAGUCUGUACCCUACGUUGUGUUAUAUUUUACACUUAUUACGUUUACUGUACAUUCUCAACACCCCGUUAGUACUCUACGUUGUGUUAUAUUCUACACUUACUACGUUUACUGUACAUUCUCAACACCCAGUCUGUACUCUACGUUGUGUUACAUUCUACACUUACUACGUUUACUGUACAUUCUCAACACCCAGUUAGUACUCUACGUUGUGUUAUAUUCUACACUUACUACGUUUACUGUACAUUCUCAACACCCAGUUAGUACUCUACGUUGUGUUAUAUUCUACACUUACUACGUUUACUGUACAUUCUCAACACCCCGUUAAAUGUCUACUGCAUCCUGUACUCUCAACAUAUUUUUUGAAACAUAAUAUCUUUUACACAUUUUACAUACUAAAUUUUCAGUGCAGCACCACUUAACAUCCGUGUCUAGUGUCUUAACAAGUUCCUGUCAAUUAUGCUAAUGUGAGUUACAUUUGAACUACUUUCGGUUACAGAGUUUGACCUAUUUUAUACAUUCUACGAUGAUAUGUGAACAUAAAAUAAAAGUGUUUCAAUAAUUAUA